UUUGACUGAACAACUCUUAGAAGCAAUUGAGAGUGAUUGGUAAAGGAAGCAAAGCAGACGCUCGCCGCAGCAGAAAGGAUGAAAUUCUUGCUGGACCAACUACUGCUUCUGCCCUUGCUGAUCCUUUUCACCUUAGAGUCUUUCCUGAAGCUUUUUAUUCCCAAGAAGAGAAAAUCAGUCACGGGAGAAAUUGUCCUGGUUACCGGAGCUGGACAUGGGAUUGGGAGACUGACUGCCUAUGAAUUUGCCAAACUUAAAUGCAAACUGGUUCUGUGGGAUAUAAAUAAGCAUGGAAUUGAAGAAACAGCUGCUGAAUGCAGGAGACUGGGCGCAAAGGCUCAUGCCUUUGUGGUGGACUGCAGCAACCGAGAAGAUAUUUACAGCUCUGCCAAGAAGGUGAAGGCAGAAAUAGGAGAUGUUAGUAUUUUAGUAAAUAAUGCUGGUGUAAUCUACACAUCGGAUUUGUUUGCUACACAAGACCCUCAGAUUGAAAAGACUUUUGAAGUUAAUAUACUUGCACAUUUCUGGACUACAAAGGCAUUUCUUCCAGCGAUGAUGAAUAAUAAUCAUGGCCAUAUUGUCACUGUGGCUUCAGCAGCCGGGCAUACUGGGGUCCCCUACUUACUGGCUUAUUGUUCAAGCAAGUUUGCUGCUGUUGGAUUUCAUAGAGCUUUGACGGAAGAACUGGCUGCCUUAGAAAGAACCGGAGUCAAAACAACAUGCCUCUGCCCUAAUUUCGUAAACACUGGCUUCAUCAAAAACCCAAGUACCAAUUUGGGACCCACCCUGGAGCCUGAGGAAGUGGUGGAGAAGCUGAUAACUGGGAUCCUGACUGAGCAGAAAAUGAUUUUUGUUCCGUCUUCCAUAGGCUUUUUUACAGUGGUGGAAAAGAUCUUUCCUGAGCGCUUCUUGGCAGUUUUAAAACGAAAGAUCAAUAUUAAGUUUGAUGCAGUGAUUGGAUAUAAAACUAAAGGACGAUAAGUGCUUGGUUUUUUGAAAACUGAUUUACCAGGGUUAAGUCGAGUUUAUCUAAUAUUAAUCAGACUUUUAAUGUUUGGACUUCUGCUUUUCCUAAUUAUCUUAUUUUCUUCAACAUCACCUUUUGAGGCUCUGGCAGUCCUCAUUUAUUACCACUUGUUCUUUAACUGAAAGCUAAUUUCAUAUAAUGAAAAGAGAGAAAUAUCUUAGGAAUUGACCUUAUGGGAAAUGGAGAAAAAGAACAAAAACAGUUUUACAAUAAUUUCCAAGAUUUUGUCGCUCAUCUGAAGGCUUUGCAAAAUUUGUACUGUAAAUGUUUGAUAUAUCUUUAUUUUUAAUUACACUUAAAUUUUAUAUAAUUCACGUUUCCUUUUGUAUUCUACAUAGAAACAGAAACUUCAAGCUCUCUAAAUAUGAGGAAGAACUGAAUCUAGUGGCAUUACCAUGAAUUUCAUGUGAUGUAAGAAAUGUUGCUCACACAUUUCAUCCUACACGUUGCAUAUGUUUUCCGAGAGAGACCUCACAUUUCACUACCAAACGUUUCAGCACAAGGAAACUAGAGAUGGAUACGUGUUGCAAAUAUAAAAGAAUCAUUGGGAUUUGAGGCAGAGAAUUGGGAGAAUGUAGCCAUAAGUGGCAACAAUAACAAAGGGAUUAAACUUAAACUUUUGGUGUUUCCAUCUUUUUCUUUUUUUUAAACAGAACAUGACUUAAGCUUCAAAUGAAAGGAAAAUGGAUUUAUAAUCAAAGGUCUUUUUACUUUUUUUUAGUGUCUGGAAAUUUCUUGGAUGUGCGUGAGGCUCAGUGAGAUGGGGCUAUAAGAUCAGAACUAUAAAUUGACAAAAUAAAUAGUUUGGUGGGAUUCUAUUAAAAAUAUUUUCAAAACCAUGUGAGACACAUACGUAUGAAGUAAGAACUUUGGUCUUUAUAUCAGAAAGUUCAUACUCAGAAAACUUAAAAAUCAGAAUGUAAUGUAGUGAAUGAGCCACAAUUUAGGUUCAGAAACUUCAUGGUAAAAGAUUUUGAUCCAGUUUCUAAGCAGAAAUUAAUGUUUACUCAACAUGUGUCAGGUACUGUCCUAAACACCUGACUUAUUGAACGAGUUCAGUAAUCUUCUCAGUGCCACUGCAGAUUAUAAGGACCAUAUGAUAAUCCAUUUAAGGAAGGUUAUACUAUAGAUUUGAUAACAUAUAAGAAAAUUUCACAGAAGGUAUCACUCUUACUGUAAAUUUCUCCCUCUUUCCCAUCAACUAUCUUCUUCUAAUACAGAGAAUCAAAGUACCAUUGCUGGGGCCGGCCCCAUGGCUUAGCGGUUAAGUGCGCGUGCUCCACUGCUGGUGGCCCGGGUUCGGAUCCCAGGCACACACCGCUUCUCCCGCCAUGCUGAGGCCGCGUGCCAUAUACAGCAACUAGAAGGAUGUGCAGCUAUGACAUACAACUAUCUACUGGGGCUUUGGGGGGGAAAAGAUAAAUAAAUAAAAUCUUUAAAAAAAAAAAAGUACCAUUGCUGUUUGACC